UGUGCAGUGUAGGGAAAGCAGAGCAAGGUGCUUCUGUGGGCACUAAACGGCAUCUUUCCAGGAAAAGUUAAAUACCGGACUGCAAAGACAAAAGGACAACUAGCAAAGCAAAUGGCUAGUUAUCGGCAGCACACACUGCCGCUGGAGGCUUCAUUCAUUGUGUGCUGCUUACUAACUUUGAACAGUUUGCUUCCUUUUUUGCCUUGCACUGGCGCGCAAGACACGGAUCACAGUUUAUUGUACGGACCCUUACAAGUACCACAUUUGGACUCUAUCCUCCUUGCAAAUAAUGGAAUUAGAGUGCCUUUUGGCAGAUCUGUGUUUAUCGAUCCCCUAAACGACUUGUUGUUGCAAGUACAGCCGGGAGACAAAUGUUACAUUACUGUUCUUGAGAACGAUCCCUUAUCCCAGAGACCCGGCAUGGUGUCACCCAAAAAGUUUCCAUGUGAAUUCGGACCAGAAGAUGUUAAAUACACACAUCUGGGAUCGAGAAGUCCGAGCAAGGACAGGGUCAGGCUACAACUGAGAUAUGACUCCCAAACUGACACUGUCAUUAUCCCGUUCAUGCUCGAAGUGGAAGUGAUGUUCCAUCAACUAGAAAUUGUAACCAGAAACAUGCCUCUGGUAGUGGACAAACUAAACGGCAUAAGCAACCAGAUAGAUAAAAAAGUGCUGGAGUUUGCCUACGAUAGUGACGCGACCACUUGUAAAGUAACCCCACUCCUCAGCCAGGGUGGGCUGCCAAGGUAUGGAGAACUUUUAAAUUUUACUUCAAAAGGACAAAUGAUUGACUGUGAUACUUUCGCCAAGUUAGAUAUUCGCUACAAACAUACAGCCCCUACAAAUUCCCCAAACAGGGACUAUAUUCCCAUGUUAGUUGAGUUGUUGGACAAAGAUGGAAAUUCGGUGAAGCAAGAGCACUUUCAGAUCAUGGUUAGAAUUAAAGAAGGUACUGAAAACACUUCCCCCAAGCCUAGUUUUGUCGCUAUGAUGAUGAUGGAAGUCGAUCAGUUUGUAAUGACAGCCAUUACCACUGAUAUGCUGGCUGCUGAAGACUUAGAAUCCAACCCGGAUUACUUAAUUUUCAACUUGACUUCCCCAAUGGGGUACCAGCAGGGCUAUAUCAUUAGUACAGACGACCAAAAUCUCCCCAUUACUUCUUUUUACCAGAGAGAUGUGAAUGACUUAAAAAUAGCCUACAAGCCUCCAUCUGUGGACUCUGAUGAAGAAAGGAUCUUCCAGUUAGAGUUCCAGGUAGUGGAUACUGAAGGUGCUACCUCUGACACGUUUGCCUUUAUGGUCGUAGUGAAGCCUAUGAACACUCUGGCCCCUGUUGCUACCAAAAAUACAGGUCAGCUGCUUUUUGAAGGCCAGUCUAGACCGCUUUCUACAGCUCAGAAUUUAGAAAUAAGCGACGAAGACAACCUUCAGGAUGUUAAGAUUACUGUCCUUGAUGGUCUCAAACACGGAGAGCUCUAUGUUCUGGGGGCCCGGCGGAAAUUUUUCACUCCAGCUGACCUGGAUGCAGGAAUAGUUAUCUACCAACAUGAUGGAAGUGACACCUACAGUGACAAUAUAAUCUUCCGCAUGACUGAUGGUAAGCAUGAAGUCGAAUUCCUCUUCCCCAUCACUAUUGUCCCCACAGACGACGAACCUCCGAUUGUAAACGCCAAUACGGGACUAGUCCUCUCCAAAAAUGAAAUGGCCCAAAUCUCUCCCUUUAUCUUGAGUGCCACAGACAUCGACUCUGAAGAUUCCACCAUCAAGUUUACAGUUGAGGCCCCAUUUUCUAUCAUAGGUGAGGUAGUCAUAAGGCAGUCUGAGAAGCCAUUUGACUUGUCUGUUUGGAGAUACAUUGAAAAUGACGGAGUUUAUGAAAAAGUAGUCACAGAAUGGCUCCAGCAGGACUUGCUGGAUGGAAAGUUAUUUUACCGACACGUUGGACCCCACAGCACUACUGUUGUCACAGACCAUUUUGUAUUCCGUGUUCAGGAUGACAACGAUCCCCCAAACCAGUCUGGGGAACAUACAUUCACUGUUAAAAUUCACCCAGUGGAUGACCUCCCUCCUGAACUUUUCCCAGGCACCACCCUGCAUAUGACUGUUAAAGAGUACGACUUGACCCAUUUCAAGAAAAAGUUCCUCCGCUACACUGAUCUGGACUCAGAUGACCGCGACUUGAAAUACACCAUUACGAAGCCACCAACUGAUACAGAUGAGAACAAUCCUGUGCCCACUGGCCAGAUUGUACUUACAGACAGCCCUGAUGUAGUGAUCACAGAAUUUACACAAGCACAGGUGAAUCACCAUAAAGUAGCUUAUAAGCCAUCAGAUCAAGAACUCGGUAUAACCCCAAGAGUGGUACAAUUUAAUUAUACAGUGGAAGACCCCGCUGGUAAUUCAGUGGAGGGUAUAUUCACAAUAUUCUUACAGCCGGUGGAUAACAAACCACCUCAGAUUACUAACACCGGCUUCACCGUAUUAGAAAGAAACAUUUUUGUAAUCACAAAUAAUGAACUGGAUGCCACAGACCCAGACACAGAUACUGAUCAGAUAACAUUCACUUUAUCUGAACGUCCACAGCAUGGGUAUCUGCAGUACCUUGGUAUUGACAUGGCAAAUGGUGAAACGUUUGUACUGGACGAUAUUGCAGAAGGACGUAUCUCCUACAAGCAUAACGGGGAUGAGUCAACAAGUGAUUCUUGCAAACUGAUAGUCGGGGAUGGUGUCCAUGAAGUCCCUAUUACCAUCAGAAUCACAGUUAAGCCAGUAGAUGAUGAAACACCAACCAUCAUGCUUCCAGCCGGGUUAUUAGGUGCCUCCAUAGAUGUGUUAGAAAAUGGAGCAACUGAAAUCACAACCAAUGUCAUUCAGGGAAGGGACGAGGACACUGAUGACUUAAUGUUAACCUUUAUUGUAGAAGAACUUCCCAGACUUGGAGACAUACAGGUAAAUGGUGUCCCAUCAGAAAGGUUCACUCAGCAAGACCUUAUUAGUGGGUCAGUGUCUUAUGUUCACACAAGUGGCGAGAUUGGUCCCCAAAAACAGUACGACUCGUUUAAUUUAACCGUUUCAGAUCUGUCUGAUGAAUGGGUCGUUGGAGGCAAUAAAGUCCAGGGUGUCCGUGUAUCAGUGAUAAUUCUCCCAGUCGAUAAUACUGCUCCAAUAGUAACAGUGGGAGAGCAAUUUACGGUCCCAGAGGGAGAGAAAAAUGUUGUGACACUUGGCAAUUUAAAUGCCGAAGAUGUAGAUACCCCUAGUGAUGACAUACUUUGCACGAUAAUUGUCCAACCAACUUCUGGGUAUGUUGAAAAUAUUGCUCCAGCUCCUGGUUCUGAAAAAUCUCGAGCGGGGACCCCAAUUAGUGCAUUCGCUAUUGGGGAUAUCCGUCAGGGUCACAUUAACUAUGUGCAAAGCAUACACAAAGGGGUAGAACCCCGUGAAGACAGAUUCACCCUCCAGUGUUCAGAUGGCAUUAACUUGUCUGAACGUCAUUUUUUCCCAGUAGUAAUUAUCCCGACCAACGACGAGAAGCCCGAAAUAUUUGUUCGGGAGUUCAUUGUAAUGGAAGGCAUGAGUCUUGUGAUAGACACCCCCAUUUUAAAUGCAGCUGAUGCAGACCUCCCCCAAGAUGAGCUUUAUUUCAUAAUAACUGCGCCUCCGAAGCAUGGUAAUAUCAUGCAACAGCUAGCAAGCGGCUCUGUUCCUGCAAAUAAUUUUUCACUAGAACAAAUUAAAGAAGGAUCAAAUAUUGUCUAUGAGCACGAUGACUCUGAAACUAAGGAAGAUAGUUUUGAAAUAAAACUAACCGAUGGGAAACACACCAUUGACAAAAAAGUCUUAAUCAUGAUCAUUCCAGUAGAUGACGAGACUCCAAGAAUGACCAUUAAUGAUGGGCUUGAAGUCGAAAUUGGUGAGUCCAAAAUAAUAACUAACAAAGUACUUAAAGCCACAGAUUUAGACUCUGAAGACAAAACACUUACUUACACUAUUCGUUUUGGACCAAGUCAAGGCCUUUUGCAGCGUCUAACGGAUGAGGGUGAUGUGGUGGGCAAUAUUACUUUAAGUAUGAAUUUCACUCAAGAUGACAUUGACAAAAGACUUAUCCAGUAUGUCCACACAGGCCAAGAAGGGAUUCGAGACCUCAUAAAAUUUGAUGUUACUGAUGGCAUCAAUCCUCUAAUAGACAGGUACUUUUACGUAAGUAUUGGCAGCAUCGACAUGGUUUUUCCAGAUGUAAUUAAUAAAGGAGUUACACUAAAGGAGGGAGGCCGGGUAACUCUCACCACUGAUCUCCUUAGUACCAGUGACCUUAAUAGCCCUGAUGAAAAAUUGCAAUUCAGUAUCACCCGGGCUCCAAGUCGAGGCCAUUUAGAAAGUACAGACAACCCAGGUGUACCAAUUACAUCCUUUACACAGCUGCAGCUGGCAGGUAAUAAGAUUUACUACCUCCACACCUCUGGUGAUGAAGUGAAAAUGGACAGCUUUGAGUUUGAAGUUACCGAUGGUUACAACCCCGUGUUCCGAACCUUUCGAGUAUCCAUUACUGACGUAGAUAAUAAAAAGCCUGUCCUGACUAUUCAUGACUUAGUUGUUAAUGAAGGUGAAUCCAAACUUAUCACACCUUUUGAACUAACCGUGGAAGAUCGUGAUACACCAGACCAUCAGCUACGGUUUACCGUGACACAAGUGCCGGUUCAUGGGCGGCUUUUGUACAACAACAGCAUUUCUGUCACUAGUUUCACAAAACAAGACCUGAAUGAAAAUCUGAUCAGCUAUAAACACGAUGGCACAGAGACAAACGAAGAUAGUUUUUCCUUUACUGUAACUGACGGGACACAUACAGAAUUUUAUAUCUUUCCUGACACCACCUUUGAAACUCGUAAGCCUCAAAUGAUGAAGAUUCAGAUCGCUUCAGUGGACAAUGGCGUUCCUCAGAUUGUUGUCAACAAGGGUGCUCCAACUCUGCGAAUCCUACACACUGGCCAUCUUGGUUUCAUGAUUACCAGUAAGGUCCUGAAGGCGGAAGACCGUGAUAGCCCACAUAAGUUUCUGAAGUUUACGGUUACAGAGUACCCGUUACAUGGCUCCAUCAUCAACACAGCUUUGGGCAAUGACAGCAUUAGAACUUUCACCCAAGCUGAUAUUGAUGAAAUGAAAAUAUGUUACAUUCUGAAGGAGGGAGACAAUGCAACAAAUGACAUAUUUUACUUCACCAUUGAAGACAACGGAGGAAACAAAUUAAAGAGUCAACCAUUCCGUCUGAACUGGGCCUGGAUUUCACUCGAGAAAGAAUACUUCCUAGUAGAUGAAGACUCCAAGUUCCUAGAGGUCAUUCUGAAUCGUAGAGGAUACCUAGGGGAGACCUCCUUUAUCAGUAUCGGGACCAAAGACGGCACUGCUGAGAAGGACAAAGAUUUUAAAGGCAAAGCUCAAAAACAGGUCCAGUUUAAUCCAGGACAGACUACAGCUUCAUGGCGUGUGAAAAUUCUCACAGACAAUAAAUAUGAAACCUCAGAGAACUUCCAGAUUGUGCUGUCUGAACCCGUCAUGGCUGCCUUAGAGUUUCCGGAGUCAGCAUUAGUUGAAAUUGUGGAUCCUGGUGAUGAGUCAGCUGUCUUCAUUCCUCAGUCAGAGUACAGGAUUGACGAGCAGAUUGGUGAGCUUCUGAUUCCUGUGAAGAGGACCGGAGACGUCAGCCAAGAGCUCAUGGUCAUCUGUUCAACACAGCAAGGGACUGCAACAGGAACCACCCCCACCACAGUUUUGUCAUACUCAGACUACAUCACUCGACCAGAAGAUCAUACCAGCGUUAUUCGAUUUGACAAAGAUGAGACAGAGAAGUUCUGCCAUAUUCUUAUCAUUGAUGACUCCCUGUAUGAAGAGGAGGAGACAUUUAAUGUCACACUCAGCAUGCCCAUGGGAGGUCGUGUUGGAAAGGAAUUUGCCAGUGCCAGAGUUGUCAUUCUUGUGGAUACCAAUGACGAACCAGCAUUUUAUUUUGGCGAUACAGAAUACGUAGUGGAUGAGAGUGCUGGCUAUGUGGAUGUGCGGGUAUGGAGAACAGGGACUGAUCUCUCCAAGACAGCAACAGUGACUGUACGCUCCAGAAAAACAGAACCAUUAUCUGCAGAAGCUGGAAUUGAUUAUGUGGGUAUCAGUCGAAACCUCGAUUUUGCACCUGGUGUCACCAUGCAGACAUUCCGUGUGACCAUCCUCGAUGAUCUGGGGCAGCCAGUACAAGAGGGACUGGAAACAUUUGAGCUAGUCCUACGCAUGCCUAUGAAUGCUGUGCUUGGAGAGCCUAGCAAAGUAACCAUCACCAUUAAUGACUCCAUUUCUGACUUACCAAAGGUACAAUUCAAAGAACCCCAAUACAUUGGGAAUGAGAAGGAAGGACAGGUAACAGCUGUUGUAUACCGUAGUGGGGAUAUUAAUUAUAAAUCUACAGUGCGCUGCUAUACACGUCAAGGAACGGCCCAGGUUAUGAUGGAUUAUGAAGAGAUGCCUAAUACAGAUGCAUCCAUUAUCACAUUCCUGCCAGGUGAGAUUGAAAAGCCCUGCACUGUAACACUUGUGGAUGAUUCAAUAUAUGAAGAAGAGGAAGAAUUCAGACUAGUAUUAGGUACUCCCAAAAGUGAAUCUACAUUUGGAGCUGCCAUUGGAGAGCAGAAAGAAACGCUUGUUAAGAUCCAGGAUCGAGAAGACAAGCCGGUCAUCAAGUUCUCUGAGAUCAAAUACAGCAUUCAAGAGCCUCAAGAACCAGGGGAGAUUGCAGUGGUAAAGAUUCCAAUUAUACGCCUAGGUGACACUUCCAAAGUGUCUGUUGUACGCAUUCACACAAAGGAUGGCUCGGCCACAUCUGGUGAAGACUAUAACCCACAUUCUGAAGAUAUUGAAUUCCAGGAAGGUGAAACAGAACACUCUGUUGAAGUUGAGGUGUUAUAUGAUGGUGUGAGGGAGAUGAGAGAAGCUUUCACUAUUCACUUGAAGCCUGAUGAGAACAUGGUGGCUGAGACGCAGAUGAGCAAAGCUAUCAUAUACAUUGAAGAAAUGGACAGUGUGGCAGAUGUAACUUUCCCAGCUGUUCCACAGGUUGUGUCUUUACUAAUGUACGAUGACACCUCAAAAGUCAAAGAAAAUCCCUACCCAUCCAAUGGGUACCCUGUUGUGUGUGUGACGGCCUGCAAUCCCAAGUUCUCAGAUUAUGACAAGACCGGAUCCAUAUGCACAGCUGAAAACAUCAAUGAAACACUUACUGAGUACCGCUGGCUGGUCAGUGCUCCGACAGGACCAGAUGGUGUCACAAGUCCUAUGCGGGAAGUGGACAGUAACACUUUCUUCACCAACACCAAGAGCAUCACCUUAGAUUCCAUUUACUUCCAGGCAGGCUCUAGAGUGCAGUGUGCUGCCAGGGCCGUCAAUGCCAAUGGUGAUGUAGGGCUGGAACUCCUGAGCCCCAUUGUCACAAUUAGCAGAGAUGAAGGGCUUUGCCAGCCACGCAUACCAGGAACUGUUGGUGCUGAACCUUUCUCAGCUAGAAUUCGCUACACUGGUCCUGAAGAUCCUGACCACCCAAACUUGAUCAAGCUGACAGUGACCAUGCCUCACAUGGACGGCAUGAUGCCAGUCAUUUCUACCCAGCCUUUGUCAAACUUUGAGCUGACUCUUAGUCCUGAUGGCACUCGUGUUGGGAGCCACAGAUGCUCUAAUCUUCUCGACUAUAAUGAAAUUGCAACCAGAUAUGGCUUCCUUAAUGAAAACACCAAAAAUCCCGAAGUAAUUGGAGAAACAUCACCUUAUCAAUAUAGUACUGCCUUGCGAUCAACAGCUGCGCUGAGAUUCUACCGUAACUUAAAUCUGGAAGCCUGUCUCUGGGAGUUCAACAGUUACUAUGAUAUGUCUGAACUGCUGACCGAAUGUGGUGGUAACAUCGGUACCGAUGGACAGGUGUUAAAUCUGGUGCAGUCGUAUGUGACCCUUCGAGUACCACUUUAUGUGUCCUAUGUGUUCCACUCACCUGCUGCAGUUGGUGGCUGGCAGCACUUCGACUUGCAGUCGGAACUGAGACUAACAUUUGUAUAUGACACAGCCAUUCUGUGGAAAGACGGCAUUGGAAGUCCACCAGAAUCUGAACUACAAGGUUCCUUGUAUCCAACUAGCAUGAGGAUAAAUGAUGAAGGACGGCUGGUUGUGAACUUUAAAACUGAGGUCAGGUUUCGAGGGCAGUUUGUUAUGUCUCAUCCAGGCACAACUUUGUCAUCAAUGGUGAUGUCUGCUGACCACCCUGGACUUACAUUCACAUUGACCCUUGCCCGCAGUGAACCAACCUUUAACCAGCCUGUUCAGCUGUGGAAUUUCAUCUCAGACUUUGCGGUACGAGACUAUUCAGGUACCUACACUGUGAAGCUCAUUCCAUGCACAACAGCUCCCAUCCAGGAGUACAGCCUCCCCUUGGUUUGCAACCCAAGAGAGCCAAUCACAUUUGACUUGGAUAUCAGGUUCCAGCAGGUCAGUGAUCCAGUGGCAGCAGAGUUCAGUCUCAAUACCCAAAUGUUCCUACUCUCCAAGAAGGAGCUGUGGCUUUCUGAUGGCUCCAUGGGAUUUGGGGAAGGAGCUGAUGCAGCAUUUGCAGAAGGCUCUUCCAUCUAUGGCCGAGUCAUGGUUGAUCCAGUUCAAAAUCUGGGAGACUCCUUCACCUGCAGCAUUGAGAAAGUUUUUCUUUGCACUGGUGCAGAUGGUUACGUACCCAAAUAUGAUCCAUCCAACAGGGAAUAUGGCUGCUUUGCUGACUCACCUUCUCUUUUAUAUAGGUUCAAGAUAUUGGACAAAGCUCAGCCUGAGAUGCAGGCCACACUGUUUGGAAACGUCCCAUUUAAUGCUAAGUUAGCUGCUGAUGACCCAAUUGCGCUUCCACUUAUCAAACAACCAGGCUCAGAUGGAUUUAGCCUUUCAUCUGCUCCUCUCUUCCAGGUUGCUGCUGGUCGUGAGUGGUAUGUUCAUACAAUCUACACUGUUCACUCAAGAGGGAAUGCUAACAGAGGAAUUGGCAAGAGAAGCAUUGAGUACCAUCAUGUUGUAUCUUCCGCUGGCAGCCCCUCUAAUGCAUUAGUGUUGAGACGUGACCGCAGAGCUGAUCAAGAAGUCCCUGGCCUUGUAAAGGAAAUUGGUGUGGAGAAGAGCCGUGGUACCAACAUCCAACACAUUGCACUGGACCGGUCAGAUAAAAUUAUCAUUAAUCAAAGAGGUUUCCCGCCUGGCAGUGAACAGCACUCUCACCCUGUUCUUAAGACUGCAAGCAGAGAGUCAGACAGCAAUCUCAUGUCCUUGAUUGGAGGAGUGGCCGGCCUCAUACUACUAAUCUGCAUCAUUACCAUCAUCGUUGUUUUGUUAAUAAAACGCAAGAGAUGCUCCUCUGGCAAGAAGAUGCCCUCAAGUUACUACAGCAGUAGCAAUGGAACAAUGACCACAAGAUACAGCCACAGUGAUAGCUCUGAGGUCUAAUGUAAGAGUCGGCUGAGUUUCCUGAGAAGAAGGUUGUACAGCCUGGCAUUGGUAGUGGAGAACAUUUAUGUUGGGUGCUUCAUUGCACUCAAGCUGACCCAUGACAUUUCCAUUCUCUUAGUUGUGCAGAUAUUGGAACUCAGUUUUCACAUUGGAUAUGUUGUUUGAAUCUUUCAAAGUUUGAUCGUUUGGACUUGUGUUAGAUUAAGUUGAAAAAGAUUUAUUUAUACGUUUGAAAAAUGUCUUUGCUUAAAGAGCAAUGGCACGCCUGUUUGUUUACCCAUGUAUGUUGAAAUGAACAGUGUAAUGCUAUCAUUAUUUUCAUGCUCAUAAAUCUGUAUGUCAUCCUUCCAGUAGAAGCCCGGUGCUCUCAAUUGGAUUUUUAACUAGAUAUUGUUGUUUGAAAGUCCAGUUAUGUUUUCUGUACAGAGUUGAUUUCCUUUUUUGUGUUUAGCAUUUUUGUACAUGUUUUUUUAUGAGAGCAGUAGUCCAAGAAGGUAAAGUUCUAUGAUAAAUCUUUUGGGUAACCAAGAUAUCUAACAUAGGCUUUAACUAAAGUGUAUUAUGAUCACAUCUUCAGCUUGAAAAAUGUAUAUUUUGUGAGAAAUGUAAACGAACAUGUUCACAGCUGUGCUGCCCAUGUGUCUUUAGAAUAGCACAUGUAGCAUACCUCAAUAAUGCCUGCACAAUACAGUUCAUAAACAGUCAGAGAACAAUUAAAGCACAUCAUUUACUUUUGGAUAGGACAGUUAACAAUUACAGUUCAAUUCACUCAGAAAUUUUGUUUAUCAUAGAAAAUCAUCUGGAGAUUUUGUAAAAUAUAUAGCUGAUGCUCCAAGCCGUUCUUUAGGACAAUUACAUGAAUGUUCUUUUAUUUACCAUAGCAGCAUUUUCCAAGCAUUUUAAUGUCACAGAGCAUCUAGUAAGACUAAACAUAACUGGGUGGUACUGUAUUUUCUUGGCACUGUGACCAUUUUAUAUGUUAACUUCUAUGCUGAUAGGAAUUUAGACAAUACAGCUUCAUGCUGUUGUACAGUGUUAAGAAAUUAUAAUAGUAAUUAUUUUUUUAUUAUAUAAAAUGGCAUUUAAUUGUUGGUGCUCUAGUUUAGUCAUACCAAAACACACACACACACACACACACACACACACACACACACAUAUACUUUUUUUAAGUCAGUGUCAAACAACGGUAUUUGUUAAUGGCCUCGGAAUUACGUGCUACAAAAGACUAGUGAAAUAACUACUGGAACAAUAAGCACUCUUCCCAAUAAUGUAAUAUGUUCAGUGCUUUAAAAGUAAUCGGCCUUCAAAAGUUUCAUGCGAUGUGUUGAAAAUAAAACAAUGUAAAUGAGAACAGUAUAUUUUAUAUCUAACUAUGAAACUGCUGGUAUUAUGUCCCAGAUAAAAUAUUUACUGUAAAAGAAAUAGAGGCCAUUUUAGAUUAAAGUUUGCACUGAGUAGCUAGAUAUGCAGUUUACUUUUGCAACCAAGUGCAACAUUAAUUUUGUAUACGUAGUAGUUUUGUUUAGCUGCACAUGAGCAAUUACCUCAUUUUUGUUAAAACAGCAAUGACAGCUGAUAACUCUAAUAUGUAAGUUUACAGAAUGUUAAAGUACUGUACUAAAAUGAUUGCAUAUGAAUAAUACCAUGUGUUUUAAUCAUUCACACCUUUUUCAGAAGUAACUUGUACUUAAUGUGUGGUGGGUUCGACAAUUUUUAAAUGUGGUAUUUAUAUAUUUUCAUAUCCUAUCAUGUGUAUAACUACUGAUUGCCCCUACCAGGGAAUUUACAAAACUCUUGAAGAGUCAUAACAACCUGUAGUGAUACUCAUGCAGUAAUACCUUACUUUUUAAAACUGGUAUUCACAGCAAUGUUACUACACGUUACAUUGUAAAGAAGCCAUGUGCAUAGUGUGCGAUGUAAAGCUUUUUUUUGCAACCUUCAAUAUGUCAUAAUUUAGUGACUCCUCACGUUGCACCAUAAGAGUUCAACAACAAGGAUGUGCCUUACACAUAAAAAUCUCAUAUAAUGUCCCUACAUAUGCAUUACAGUUAAACACACUAAUGUUAUAUAUAUAAUUAAAAAAGAAAGGUGCUAUAAAAAGUAAAAAUGAUUUAGUUCUUUGCUGUUUAUUCAGCAUCUGUGGUAACUCUCCAUCCAAGGCAAACGUAUCAACACUUAGUUACAAGUAAAGUAUGAAUAUUUUUCUGGACGACAUUGGAGUCAAUCAUUUCUUUUGAAAAUGGUAUCUAGUGUUCAGUGCACCACCUUGAAAACUAUAAUUUUCCUUUUGAUCAAAAUUUGUUAAAUGCCACAUAUAUAAAAAUUAUCCUUAAAGUAUCUGCCAGUAUAUCCCUGGCAUAGUUUGUAAUCCAUAUCUGAAUCAGGUUUUUCUAACUUGUUAUCAGUGACAUUUUGAAAUAGCAUAAAUCUUACUUUAUUGUACAGGUGCUGCUGGUUUGAGCAGAUAGUUGCUGGGUUGCCAGGAAGAGAUUUUUUUUAGUCUUGAGGGUUCCCUUUUUUCCAGCACUUGUUUGUAUCAUUUCUGUGAAACUGUCAGAGAUCUUAGGACAACAAGACCACAGUGGCAGUGCAUCAUAGGGUUGUGUACAUCAUAUCCUGCCCAUUAUCUGUUACAGCUACUCCAAGUAUAAACUGAGCCUCCUGCAACCCCUUAUACUUCUGUAUCUGAAGGCAACGUAUCUUCCUUGUUCCACAGAAAGUAAUUAUCCAAAUGAGUGGUGGUCACAUCUCACGGCUGGACAGCAGGCAUUAGCUGGUAUCCUAAAGAUGCAUAUUGCACUGCACAAAACAUUUAAUUUUCAAGAAAAAUUCAGAUGCUUUUUUUCAUACUGUGUUACAUAAAUAUUAAUAUGUUCCUUGACCUGUCUCAACAAUAACUUGACUUUUUAUUCUGAAAUCCAUGACUGUUGAAAAGAUGAAAAUAUUAACAAGUUUGCCACAAAAAUGAUCACAGAAUGAAUAGUCCAUUAGAGUGAGAGGUGGAGAAUAUCCCAUAACUCAUAGUAUAUAUUGUAGUUAAAGAACACAUGUUAAGUCAUGGUGCCUUUAAUUCCAAAAUGUGCCUUUAUAGAUGGGUAGCUAAUU